UUUCCUUCAGUCCUCGGUUUGGCGUCUGUGUUUAUAAAUAAAUGAUCUCUAGGAAAGGAAGACUCUGAAGAGAGAAAGAUAGAGAGUGAUGCAGUGGUUCCGUUAGAUUCAUUGAUGCCGUCGACGGACGUCAUUCGAGAGGUUUAGGGGUUUCAGGGGGAGAGAAAGGGACGAAGAAGAAGAGGGAAGGAAGGAUCGGACGAGAGAAAGGAAGGGGCAACCCUAGGAGGCAGAAAUGUCUUUAGACGAUCGGUUGAUUCGGUCUUCGUCAUCUUUCAGAAGAGGUGGAGGUGGUGGCGGGAAGCCGUCGGCGUCGCCGCCCCUGUUGUUCCAGAGCAGCAGUAGCUCCAUUAGGAGUUCCGGUAGCUCCAGAUUUCAAUCGCAGCGACAGAGAUCUGCUCAGGCCAGGAAGCCUCCGGAGCCGCUGCGGCGUGCUGUCGCGGACUGUCUAUCGUCGUCGCACCAUUUCACACAGUCGCCGGUUGCAUCCGAGGCCGCUCGGACGCUGCGGGAUUACUUAGCCACAGAGUCUACUAGAGAGAUGGCCUACACUGUGUUGUUAGAGCAUGCACUUUCAGAGAGGGAACGGAGCCCUGCGGUAAUUGCAAAGUGUGUUGGACUUCUUAAACGUUAUCUUUUUCGGUACAUACCUAGAGAACAGAUCCUACAGCAGAUUGAUCUUUUUUGUGUAACUUCAAUUGCCGAAUGUGAUACUGUCACCAGUAGAAAGGUUUCUCCAUGGUUAAAUCCAACAAGCCUUCAGGUUGGAAUGUCAUUGGCACCUGGAGCUGCCGCAUCUCCUCCAAUCACUUCAGCAGUUUUUGCAUCUGCUUCUCUUGUAAAGUCCUUGAACUAUAUUCGUGCCCUGCUAGCUCGGCAUAUGCCAAGACCAUCAUUUCAGCCUGCUGCAUUUGCUGGAACGUCUAAUAUUUCAAAGCAGUCUUCACCAACGUUGUCCUCUUUACUCAGUAGUUCAUUUAGUUCUCAGUUAAGCCCGAGUGCAGCUGUGAGCAGGGAACCUCCUGAAACUAAAGAAGCUAUUGGUUCAUCUACAGUGAAUCUAUUUAGCCUUGAAAAGAUUGAUGAAAGCAGUGUUGAUUAUAUUGCUACUGAUGUUCUCAAAUGGCGUUGGCUUGGGGACAGAUGUCAGCAGCACUCAGUCACUCCAUUUGGUGCAAGUGGCAGUGAUGGUGUUUUGAGUUCCCCAGUCAUCCACACACAUAAUUUUCGAGAAGUGGGUGCCGCAGCUCUACUUGUUGAUCUGGAGAGGAAACAAAAAGUGCGUUCUAGAAAUGACUUUGAUACUCAAUUUAUCUCUGAUCCAGAUUUUGAGCAGCUGUUGCAGCCUUCUACAGUUACUGCUGCCUCAAAUAUUGCCUCAGCUCAUUCACAUCUAAAAGCAAUAACAGCAUCAAAGCGUGCAAAACCUGGUUCUCGUCAAGUCUGGGAGGAGGCACCACCAAGCACAUUUCGUCUACGUUCUCGCCCUCUAUUUCAAUAUCGACAUUACAGUGAACAGCAGCCUUUACGUCUCAGCCCUGCUGAAAUUGAUGAAGUUAUUGCAGCUGUAUGUUCAGAGGUUUCUGUUACAAAUACAAAUUCAACUCUUGCACCAUAUAGACAAACAAGUGGUAGUGGAAGGCCUAUUACAGAUGUCGCUGUCAGUGUUCUUAUUAAGCUUGUAAUUGACAUGUAUGUGAUGGAUCCUUCAAGUGCUGCUCCUCUGGUUCUGUCAAUGAUCGAGGAGAUGCUAAGCGCUUUGAGAGUGGCCACUAGGGUUCGAGCAUUUGAUUUGAUUUUGAAUCUUGGGGUUCACUCUCAGUUGCUUGAGCCUAUAUUUUCAGAAGAUUCUCCUAUAGUUGAAGAGGAGGAAUCUUCUCAUGAACAAGGCUUUAGUGGUGGGGUUCAGUUUGGAACUGUAGCCAAGAGAGGUUCAAAGUUGCCCACACAAUCUGGAACUUCCUCUGCAGUUGAUUGCUUUGAAUCAUGGCUUUUGGAUAUCUUAUAUGAGGUUCUUCUUCUUCUUGUUCAGAAAGAAGAAAAGGAAGAAACUGUUUGGGCUGCUGGUUUGAGCUGUUUGCUUUACUUUGUUUGUGAUAGUGGCAGAAUUCAGAGGAAAAGGUUGAAGGGUAUAGAUGCUAGGGUUAUUAAAUCUCUUUUGGAAACAAGUCGUCAACAUUCAUGGGCAGAAGUACUUCAUAGCAAGCUUAUAUGCAUGUUGAUUAACCUUUUGUACCAAGUUCCAGAUGGCUCCAAUAAUGCUGUUUCGGAGGUUCCAUUUCUUUCUAUUGAACAAGUUGAGUCACUUGGUGGAAUUGAGUUUGUCUGCAUGGAGUAUUCCAGGGCUAACUCAGUCGAAGAAAAGAGGAACCUCUUUGCAGUGUUUUUUGACUAUAUUUUGCAUAAACAAAGUGAAAUCACUUUGUCUGCUGGAGGUUCAUUUUACAGCAAUGAUGAGAUUCAGCCUCUGGCAAUGAUGCUACAUUUAGUAGAUGCACCUGAAGCAUUCUAUAUGGCGAUCAAGCAUGGUGUGGAUGGCAUAGGAGGGCUCUUAAGAAGAUCCAUUGCUUCAGCUAUAUCUAGUUAUCACGUGUUUGGCCAUUUAAAUGCUGCUCUGUUGGAGAAUGUUACAUCUGAGUUUGAUUCAACAAUAAGCAUGGUUACACAUUUGGAUGGAGAGUUCUUUGACAUGAUGCAAACUACAAAAGUUUUCAAGUCCUUUGAGAGCAUCCAGGACAAUGCUGCAGAUUCUGAUUUUAAUUUGGGGAAAGUAAGACUUGCUUGGGCAACACUUCAUUCCCUUCUUCACUCAAAAAGGACUGCAUACCGACAAAAUGGUUAUAUUUGGCUAAUUGAGCUGCUUGUUUCUGAUAUCAUUAGUGAAAGUGAGACAAGCAGUAUCUCAAAUAUAAGAAAGCUGCAGGAGGAACUUGAAAUGAUUGUGGUCCAGGAUGCUUCAUCCCCACAUGUGGUUCGCUUAACAACAUGGUUCUUGUGUGGUCUACUGAAGUCAAAAUAUAACUAUAUUCGGUGGGGCUUUCUUUUUGUUCUGGAGAAAUUUCUUAUGCAAUGUCAAAUUUUGUUAAAUAAAAGCAAUUUGCAGCAUGUAAAUGGUGAUGGGGUAGUGAACCAUGACAUCUCCAGUGAAAGUUUGGAGAAAGCAAAUGCGGUAAUUGGAGUUAUGAAUAGUGCUCUUCUCUUGGUGGUUUCUAUAAAUGAAACGGAUCGUAUCAAUGUGCUGAAGAUGUGCGAUCUACUAUUUUCUCAAUUAUGUCUGAGAUCAUCUUUUGAUUCAAAAGCUAGUGCUGGUCACUCUCCUUUUGGUGACGUCAUUGGGGCUAGUAACUUCUUUUUUGGUCCAGCUGGAAAUGGGUGUGAAACUGAUACAGUGCUUCCUCUACAGCAAAAUAUGCUUAAUGGAAUUGAGCUUAUCGGGGACAAGGAAAACAAACAUUGCAGCUGUGUGUCUGAUAGUGAGUCUGCAUCAAUGGCAGCUAUGCUAUUGAGUGGUCAUGCUAGUGUUCCGAUGCAAUUAGUAGCACGCAUCUCUACUGAUUUAUUUUAUUGGCCGUUGAUUCAACUUGCUAGUGCUGCUACAGAUGAUAUUGCUCUUGGUGUAUCUGUUGGCAGCAAAGGAAGGGGAAUUUUACCAGGAUCUGCAUCUGACAUACGUGCGGCUCUUCUCUUGCUUUUAAUUGGUAAAUGUACCAGUGAUCCUGCUGUGUUUCAGGAUAUUGGAGGGGAUGAAUUUUUCAGGCGAUUGUUGGAUGAUACUGAUGCAAGGGUGGCAUAUUAUGCUUCAGCAUUUCUCUUGAAGAGGAUGAUGACUGAGGAACCUGAGAAAUACCAGAGGGUGCUUCAUGAUCUUGUCUUUAAAGCACAACAGAGCAACAACGAAAAACUACUGGAGAACCCAUAUCUUCAGAUGCGUGGCAUACUUCAGCUGCUGAAUGAUGCUGGAGCCCAACUAUGAUGAAAAAAUAUGGUAUUAUUAAGAAAUUGUACUAUGGUGCUGAAAACCCAGUCGUGGAGGAUUAAACUUUGUGCCUUCCCUGAGUUCCUUCCUGUUGCUUCUGAAACUAAUGUGACAAGGUGAUCUAUGGAUCAGACCUCGUGCAGAGACUUUUGGUUAUUUCCUGUUGCUUCAGAAGCUUCAGGUUACUGGUUGAGCCAUCAGUCACACAAGCUUGCACCAUCAGUCAAACAAACUUGCACAACAUAGCUGCUAGGUGCUCAACUGUACAGGCUCUUUCCAAUUACACAUCUGUUGCACCCAGAUUGUAUCGUUAACCGCAUGGUGUAACUUGAAUAAUUGCUUCUUAUUUAUUCUGCCAUCAACCAAUUCCAGUCCCAGAUUGAUGACAUUUUUUUGACGUUCAGCUGAGUUUGCUGGAAGUAGAAGAUGGCUCUUGUCUGUGCAAUGUUGGGAGUCCGAGGUGUAUGCAGGAUUUUUGUGAGGCAUACUCGGGCAUUCUGUUCCUAUGUUGCGGUUUUGCGGAAUUUUUAUGGAGGGAUCUUGAUCUGGAACAAUUUUCUUGGUCGUAGGAGUUUAGGUUUAAUAAUCUAAUUGCUGAAUUAUUUAUCAUUGUGAAAAUGCGGUAAACAGGCGUUCAUUAUUUGUGCAAAGAUGUGGGUUGUAUUUGUAUGUAUUUGUAAUGAUUCUUUGAUUGAUUCAAUUGUAAAUAAUUAGUUAUUGCGAACAAUUCUGCCAUAUGAAUGCCAUUCAAAAUUUUGAAUCA